UCAAUUCUUAUUUUCUCUACUUCCUCCAAAGAAAAAUAAAAUAAUAAGAGAUGAAAUUCUUAGUUUCAUUGGUUAUGUUCUCUCUUCUCUUGAACGGUUUUGCAUUUGCUCAAACUCUCAUUCAAGAUUCUUGUAAGAAAGCAGCCAUGAAAGAUUCGAACUUGAUAUACAAGUUCUGCGUCGAUUCUCUUACACAAGAUCCACAAAGCAAAACCGCAACCACCCUCGAAGGUUUGAUCCUAGCGUCGACGAAGAACGCUGAAGCACAAGCUAUAAACGUUAAAAGAAUCGUUGAACAUAUCCUCAAGGGCAAGGGAUAUAGAAGUAUUGAAGCAGAGCUACGCGAUUGCGUUGAGUUUUAUGGCGAUGCUAAUGAUUCGUUACACACUGCUUUAGCGAGCUUUCGAUCGAAAGAUUAUGAAAGCGCUAAUAGUGAUUUUGGUAUUGCUUUGGAUGUACCAGGCAAUUGCGAGGAAGGUAUCAAGGAAAGAAAUAAACAGAAUUCUCCUGUUAGUAACGAGAACAAUAUUUUGUUUCAGAAGAUUUUGAUUCCUUUUGCUUUUAAUAAUAUGCUAAUUUGAAUUUGUCGAAGUGUUUUACCAAUUAAACAUCGAUUAAUGAUUACCAUGUAAAGUUGAGAGGAAAGAAACUUUAUCUUAAUGGAAAUAAAAUUUCGCUUUACA